AUGUUCCAACAGGACUCUGCACCAGCUCAUAGGGCACGAAGCACACAAAACUGGUUGACCGCUCGUGGAAUUGACUUUAUCGGACGUGAAGACUGGCCCUCUUCUAGUCCAGAUUUAAACCCACUGGAUUACAAAUAUGGCAAAAUUUGGAGGUUUGAAAAUAACGAAGCUGAUAUCACGCUCCACUGUGACAUACUAAUCAAAGGCAAAUACAAAGCUAACGGACAAAUACUUAUUGUUUCACUUAAUGGUGAUGGAGACGCAAAACUGAAAAUAACGGAUGUUCUAUUGAAAGCAAAGCUUAAAUUUGCGGACAAGGUUCGUGACGGAGUAACUCAUUAUGAUGUUAAGCACUACAAAGUAUCUUACAUGAUCAGAGAUAAAGUACAUUUUGAUCUUACGAAUCUUUUUAAAGGAAAUCCUGAAAUCAGUCAAACUGUUUUAACAUUCCUUAAUGAAAAUUGGAAAGAAGUCGUUAAUGAAUUUGGGGGACCAAUUGUCGAUUUCGUCAUUAACCUAGCAUUUAAAAAUGUUCAGCAAUUUUUCAAAAAAAUUCCUAAAGAUGAGCUUAUCGAUGUAUAA